AUGGCUGACGGAGAGCAGCAGUUUACCAUCUAUGACCCGACCUCCAACCAGCCUCUGACAGUUACUGUCAACAAUGUUGUCCAGGGGUCUGAAGAUGCCCAGGCUGUUCAGAGCAUUCAGUACAUCACUUCUGAUGGUGUUCAGGUGACAUCACUAGGUGCUGGUGAUGUUAUUCAGGUUGCCCAAGGGGAUGGCAGUUUUCAGCAGGCUACAGCAGGUUUCCAGACAUUAAGCAACACAGGACAAGCUCAGGUGAUCACUAACUCACCAUUUGCCACCAACCCCCAGGUGACCUCCCUGGUGCAGUCAAAUGUUCUCCAGAAUGUUGUCCAGCAGAGUCAGGCUGGGCAGCAAACAGCUGCAGGUGUAGCCGGGACAUCAGCAAAUGUUAGCACCAUCACAGGCAUUCCACAGAUGUUGUUUUUGAACCAAGUAACAAUUAAUGGACAGACUCACUAUGUUCUUGUUGAUGCAAGCAAUAAGCCUGUUCAAUUACCUCAAGGUAUCCAAGUGAUUAAUCUACCCAAUACACAGCUUGCAGGACAACCAAUACAAAUGCCUACCAGUGAUAGUGGAGAUGAACCCUUAUACGUCAAUGCUAAGCAGUAUCACAGAAUACUUAAAAGACGACAAGCAAGGGCUAAAUUGGAAUCAGAGGGAAGAAUUCCCAAAGAAAGACAGAAAUAUCUCUAUGAAUCUCGACACAGACAUGCGCUAAACAGGGUCCGGGGAUCUGGUGGUGUCUUUAUAGCAGCUGACAACAAGCCUAUUGUACAGAAACAAAUGCACCACCCAACAAAACAGGAAUACGAACACCUCCACCAUGGGCACCUCUGA